AUGCGGAGAUGGAACUUCAGCAAAGAAAUGAGACUUGUCUGUAUAAUUCUAAGUAUAGCGGCAGUUGCGAAGGCUGGUUUUUUGGAGACGAAUAUCACUGGAAAGGAUAAUUUGAUGACUAAAUAUAUGAGGAAUUAUCUCAAGGAAAAGUAUAAUGGAACUAAACUAAAAAUUUGUUACAAUGACUUUUUGAAGAAGAUGGCCAAAUUCCAAGAAAUUGAGAAAAACAACGAAUGGCAGGCGUAUCUGCCAUAUGGGAUUCACAUACAGUUCCAAGUCUCAAAGGAUUAUCGAGAUUAUCUUGAGGCGGCGCAAGAGCUCAAGAGAAUAUUCGACAAGAAGGUAGAUGCGAAGGUGAAAAAUGCAUUGGCGAACAAAAAGUACAAACCCAAAACUCUUGGUGUUGGAUGUGGUGCACACUUGAAAACCAAGCUUCCGACUUGCUACAUGUAUCUCGGCAUCAAAGCCGACACUUGUUCUAUUAAAAUAUAG